AUGAUUAUUCACAUUCUUUGGUUAACUGCUCUUGUGUGGACCACUAGCAAAUGUGAACCACCAGUUAACAGCUACUUACCACCGGGAGGUGCUAACAAUGGUGGACGACCGUCGCCCAUCUACGGACCAGCAGCGGGAAAUAACAAUGACUCACCAGGAUUCAGCCGCCCUGGUGGUGGCCGUUCUGGGAUAGAAAAAAAACAACGUCAACCUCAGGACUCUUAUUUCCCACCUGGACAAGCAGAGUUUUCAAACAGCCCUGAUACUCAAUAUGGUUUACCUGGGCAAAACUUCAAUCAAGGUUCUCAAAGACCCAACUCUCAAGAUGGUUCGCCAUCACGCGGGUUUAGUCAAGGCAACAACAAUGUUAAUGCUCCUAAUUCUCAAUACGGUGCUCCUAGACAGGGUGACCGGUCCAAUCAGCGACAGCCAAAUGGUCAAACACCUUUCGGUAAUGGUAGCCCACAAUCUUCAUAUGAUUCAUCUAAUAAAGACCAAGGUUUUGGAAGAACCCAACAUGGAAGUAAUAGUGGUAGAGGACAAGAUUCUAGGCAUAAUCAAAGGCCUGAUUCCUCAUACGGACCUCCUCCUACUGGAACUAUUCAAUCACCGAACAGCCCUGGUUCGGGUAGUCAAGGAUUUCAAGAUAUGCCAAGGUCCUCUUACCAACCUCCGAAUAAUCAAGCUGGCCGUCAACCAGCUAGUGGCAUACCGUCAUCAUCAUAUGGUACACCUGAGUUCGGUAGUAGUUCAUCCGGUGGAGGAUCUGGCAGGAGUUUAGAUUUCGGUGGAAAUGAAUCUGAUGAGCCUGCUAAAUACGAGUUUAGCUAUGACGUGGAUGACGCGCAGACAGGUACUAACUUUCAUCAUUCAGAACAACGUGACGGCGACAUUGCCACAGGAGAGUAUAAUGUAGUGUUGCCUGAUGGCAGGAAGCAGGUUGUCGAGUACGAAGCCGGCCUACAGGGAUACAAACCUCAGAUACGAUAUGAGGGCGGCAAUCGAGGUUUCCAGAAUGGAAAUCAAGGAUAUCAUCAAGAACAAGGCGGUUUUGGCGACAGUUUUCAAGGACAAGAUAAUGAAAUUGGUUACCCCCGGGGAGGUCAAGCGCAAAAUACUGAAAAUUUUGGGCAGAGCAUUUCACAGUCAGAUGCUGAGCAAGGCCACACGGGUUACCCUAGAGGUGGACCUAACACUGAAAGGAAUGGACAGGGGUCCCACAGUCCAAGUGGAAGAUUUGAUUCAGCUAAUGAACAGUUUAGCCGCCCUAGUGGUGGUCUUGAAACUUUAAAUGGUGAUUCCCAAGGGUACUCGAAUGGUAGACCUAAUGGUAGUUCAACAAAUAAUAACGGUGGUUUUUCUGGUACUCAAAGUGGUAAUGAAGGAUACCCAAAGGGCAGACCUCAAGGAAUACCUAAUGGUGGAUCUAGGCGUGAUCCUCAAGGUGGCAGAGAUUCAAAUGAAGACGACGCCAAUGGUUACUCUAGUGGAAGGCCAAACGGUCCUCGUGGAUCAGGAUACUAA